ACCGUCUGUUAUUCAUUUCCCGUUGCACUGCUUGCUGCUAAAUGUCAGAUAAGGUUUGGUUUAAAACUUUUUGGCAAGCUUGGGGCGACUUCCAUCUCAAAGAUAAUACAACAGCAAUAAAUACCACAGAAUCUAAACGUUCUGCUGAAUGUCUUAUCUGAAAUGGCAUUUCCUCUGUUACGGUUCAAUUGAGGAUAAUAAGAGACCGAAGCAGUUUUCCAGAUUUAUUUAGAACCUAUUGGUGAAUGGGAAGAACUUAUUUUGAGAAGAAUCAUUUUUUGAGAAGCAGUGCUUUUUGAGGACAUACAUGUAUUUUACAUAAAAAUGUAAAGCUUUGCGAACUCUCAAAGUUAAAAUUCUGUUUAAGUUCUAUUUUAUGUGGUAUCGUCGUACACUGUACGAUUUGUUUGGUUGGAUUUGUGCUUGGCAGAUGAACAAAGGCUGUGAAUAUGAAAGACUGAGGCAGUAGUAGCUUUAGCGCUGAACACACAACACAAUGCUGCGCCCUGCCAAUGAGAGAUUGUCUGAGCCAAGGGUCCAUCCAACCCGCUCCAAUAAUGCUGUUUGCGUUUGGCAAUGUGAGACCGGUGUUAGGUAAGAGAAGGACGCGGCUUGGAUCUGGACCAGCAGAUGAUUUUUCAGGGCGUUUGUUAGAGAGAGACUAUUCCCAAAGGCUCGCAGCAGACAGCGGGUACCGCGGCAUCAUGUGGAUUGUUUGUUUUCCCGCGGUCCUCCUGGGUUGUGCUACAGUGAUGAAUAUUUAUAGCUAUACGUGACGGCUUCAGUGAGCUGCGUCUAAGAAGGAGAUAUGUAAUAAAGACAAGGUUUCAUAUAAACAGCCCAUGCGUUGAGCGUGGGUGAACUGGGGAAGAUGUUAGCUGAAGUGCGCCUGGGAGGAUUCUUCCGAGGGAGGCAGUGAAGAGAGACAGGCGGGAGGCGGUGACAUGCAGCAGUAGGACCACCGGUGGGAGUUGAACCCGGCUCGCUGCGAGGCAUGUUGCUAUGUGGGUUGCGUGCAGCUUUCUCUUGCCUACAGGCCCUGUUGUAAGACAAUGCUGAAAACGGAACCGCAUCUCUCCGAUGUCCUCAACUCAACCCUGGUUUUAACUUGACUGACUGUGGUUAUGAAAAUCUGCACCACGCAUUACAAGGGAAGGAAGCAAGAUGUUUGUGGAGCUGGUCGUCCGAUGGGGGGCAUGGAGCCUCAUUCUGCUGCUCCAGUCCGGGGGGGUCGCCGUGUUCGCUCGGGGCUGUCCGGCGCGGUGCGUCUGUCGCCCGGACCCCAGCGAAGUCAACUGUUCUGGGAAAUAUCUGACAUCGGCGCCAGAGGGGUGUUCGAGUGACGCCAGGCGGCUGGAUCUAUCCAGCAAUAAGAUUAAGACGCUGGGACGCCGCCAGUUCUUUGGUCUCCAACAGCUCCAAGAGCUGAACCUCAACGAUAACGUAAUCUCCAUGAUUGAGGUGGAGGCCUUCCAGGGGCUGCACAACCUCAGGACUCUCCACGUCAAGAACAACCGGCUCAAGAUCAUCCCUGUUGGAGUGUUCUCAGGCCUUUCGAACCUGCGCUUUCUGGACCUCAGCGAGAACGAGAUCCUGGUCUUCCUGGACUACACCUUCAGGGAAACUGUGAAUCUGCAGUUCCUGGAGGCGGGGGAGAACGACCUGGUGUUCAUCUCCCAGAGGGCCUUCGUGGGCCUGCAGAACCUGCAGGAGCUCAAUGUGGACCGUAGCAACAUGACCUCCAUCCCCACCGAGGCGCUGUCCCAGCUCCAGAGCCUGACACAUCUACGCAUGCUGCGGCUCUCCAUCUCCAUGCUGACCAACAAUGCUUUCCGCCGGCUCCACCGCCUCCGCAGCCUGCAGAUCUCCCACUGGCCGGCACUGGACACCCUGGCCAGCAACAGCCUGAUCGGCCUCAACCUCACCUCGCUGGUCAUCAGCAACUGCAACCUCAGCACCGUCCCUUAUGCCGCGCUCCGACACCUGGUCUACCUGCGCUUCCUGGACCUGUCCUACAACCCCAUCACCGCCAUCCAGGGCAACCUUCUAGGGGACCUGUUGAGGCUCCAGGAGCUGCAUCUAGCGGGGGGGAGUCUCCUACGAAUAGAGCCUGGGGCCUUCAGGGGACUGGCCUACUUCCGCAUGCUCAACGUGACAUCCAAUCAGCUCAGCACCUUGGAGGAGAGUGCCUUCCAUUCGGUGGGUAACCUUCAGGUGCUGAGGCUGGACGCCAACCCCCUGGCCUGUGACUGCCGGCUGCUGUGGGUGGUGCGGCGGCGGUUGAGACUGAACUUUGACGGACGACAGCCCACCUGUGUGUCCCCUGAGGCGGUCCGGCAGCGAGAGUUCAGGGACUUUUCGGAGAAGGAGCUGCCCAGGAUGUUCACCUGCCGGCCUGCCCGGAUAGCCGACCGAAGGCCCCAGGAGUCCCGAGUGGAGGAAGGCACCACGGUGCUCUUCUCCUGCAGAGCCGACGGGGACCCGGCCCCGGCCAUCACCUGGAUCUCCCCCAGCAAGGCUGUGCUCAGCUCCACGGGGCGGCUCAGGGUCCUGUCCAACGGGUCUCUGGAGGUCCGCUUCGCCCAAGUGCAGGACAGCGGCGCGUACCGAUGCGUGGCGGGGAACGCGGCCGGGAACGAAACCCUGAGCGUCAACCUGCAGGUGAAAGGCUUCUCCCGCAACCGCACCCUGACCUUCUACUCAGAGGAGGCACCGUACUCCCAGGCCGCCGCCACCAACUCCUCCGCUCAGAUUGCCAAGCCGUACCCGUUCGACGCCAAGACGCUGGUCAUCGCCACCACCAUGGGGUUCCUGUCCUUCCUGAGCUCGGUGGCCAUCUGCUUCGUGUUCAUGUUCUUCUGGAGCCAGAGCAAAGGGCAGAUCAAGCACACUGCCACCAUCGACUUUGUUCCCCGCUCCUCCAUGGGGGGAGGGGGCGACGGCGCCGAUGCAGGCAGGUUCACCAUGAAGCUGAUCUGAGGCGGAGGGGGAAGAGGGGAUCAGAGGGCGUUUAAUGAGAGGAGCGUCUCCGGGAAUUACAGGUGCUCCGGAGGGACAGUUGAGGCCAUUGAGCUCCACAUCGAGAAGGCUGCGGCCCCCAUCAAGAGGCAAAUUAAAAGGAAUUUUUGUUUAAUUGCGGUGCACACUUGUGGCUGAAUGAAGAUCACUUCACUAGAAAUGUAAUUACCGGUGAAUAUGUGGGAGCAGGUCUGUCUCAUGUUUGCUGUGCUUAUAUUGAUCUUUACUUACGGAAAAUAAUGAAGUAUCCCCUUAACUGUCGCAUGUAGGAUUUAAUAAGAGAAGCAAUGCUGUCUUCAUAGAGUUUGGGAGCAUCACAUGUGUUGCAUGGCAAUUAAUGUUUAACUUAGCGUAAAAUAAUCAACCUGCAUAAUCAUAUAUAAAUCUAGUGUUGAUUCAUCUGCUUUCUUUGACGAGUGGUCUGAGCUGCCAAUGCAGGCCGAGGAAGUACUACGCCCAUUGACCUGAGGGUCAAACUCUUUCUGCCUAGUCGUGCUCGAUCACUUCAGACGGUGUCCAGUCAGCACUCAGGCACUCUCUCACAAGAUAACAAGACGUUGAUUGAUAAUGAUAUGAGGAAUUGAGACCGUAGAGUUGCCAGCCAUUUACAGUACAUUUGGAUAGCUGUCUACUUGGCUUGGUUAUUUGAAUGUCAAUUUGGCAUAUGCAUAUCGGUAAUAUGUAUAUGGUACACUGAUCCUUUGAGUGGGUGAUUGAUGGCAUACUGCAAAGUAUAAGGUAUAUCUCAUUGUAUAUAAGAAAUCAUUGAAUAUAAUUUCAUAGGUUACGCAUUUCAUAAUUAAUGCAGUUUUUUAACAAGACAACUUUAAACUUUUUUUUAAGGAUUUUAGGACAUUAGAAGAAUUACAUGCUGUUUUUAUGUUUACAGGCCCUUACUUUUAUGAUUUUUUUUACUUAAAGAUUUGCGAAUAUCACAUCAAAUGCAGCACUAACAAAAACAAAUGUGCCUGGGCAACAUUGUCAUCGUGUAAUCAUUUCUAUCUUGUAUGUGGCAUACAGGUCAAGGGCGUUUUUGUACAAGGGGUUUUAUUCUCUCCAUUUGUCGAGCUCUGAGGAUUACUAAUCCUCACCAACGUCACACUCUACUCUGGACUAAAGAAAAGGUGUGGAAACGGACCGGCACACCAACACUUUGUAUUGCCAGUGGAAAAAAGGAAAGAAAGAUCACGCAAUUAACGCUGUACAAAUAUUUUUUUUCUUUUGCAAUUUUCUUCAAUUUCUAAGUUAUUGCUUGAUUGUUUUUUUUAUUUAAAAAUAUUAAAUGCUUGUAUUUCAACUGCCUCAC